AGACCACCUCUCUAACUAUCUAUCUGGCAGCCUCCAGCUCCCUCUACAGCUUCUGCUGCUUGAUAUCCGCUCGAUUCGUCUUGCCUAUUCCAUCAAUCCGGCCUCGUCAUCCGCCUCUCUCCGGCCACUCCUCCACGCGGCCUCCCUCCAUCUCUAAUAUCUCCUCGUCUUCCGUCUUUGUCGUCGCGCUGAGACACCCGAUAAUCUUCGUCAAGCAUCUCCGCCUCUGCAUCAACCGAAAAAGUCAUCUGACAUCCCAACGCUACGGAAGUCGCCCACCACCACACCCCCCGCCUCCCUUCGUCCAAAAACAGAAAGAAGAAUCUUAGUUCUUCAAAGCAGGAUUGUUUGACACACACUGUCAGUGCUUUCGGAAUCAAGGCGCUUUCCGUUCUUCACUGCGUUACUGCUUUACGAUUGGUUGCUGCUUUCCAUCCAUCGUAUCGUAUAUCCUGUGCCUAUUUCGUCCUUAUUUUCAUCCGUUGGUUGUUAUACAGCUUGAUCAGGCGGCAGGACAGACUUUGAGUCAAAUCUGUCUUUGCCGAACAGACUCAAAAGAAAAAAAGACGAUACAUCCAAGAAGAAAACUUGGAUCGGGUCGUUAUACAACUGAAUAACUCGCGUAGGGUUUCUCCGGAUUGUCACCUGGCCUCCCUGUCACCAAAGUCUACCGGUUUUAGUACGCUAGUACAUGGCUAUAGCAGAUCAUCUGCAUUGCAGCACCGUUUUAGCAACCGAUUAGGUUCUUGGCUUGCGCCCCUCCGGACCUUCUCAUUUGAGCCAGCUGCUUAAGUCCGUUAUCGUGAAAUAUCCACUACUUAUCUGUGGAUCAUCGGACCUUGGUUGAUGUACGUAUCGACAUUCGAUCUUGCAAGAAAGCAAAAGACAGGAGAAGAAAAAUGGCUUCUGCUUCAUUCCGGGAGAAUAUGAAUUCGCUGGGCUGGUCACGGCGAGACCAGGACACCCCCGUACGAACAGACUCAAGUACGCCUAUGCUAUCCCGGCUUCGGUCUUUGAACCCCUUCGGUAGUGGUGAAGGUUAUCUACGACUUCCGACUCAAGAACCCGGGGCACCUUUACCCGCGUCGUCUAGGCGAGAGGAAGAGGAAAGCUUCUUUGCCUUAAGCCGUUGGGAUCGAAUGCUUGUCUUUGGUGGAUGUAACCUUGGAGCUGCUGUCUGUUUCUUACUAUGUUUCGUUAUGUGGCCGGUUUUGAUAACAAAACCCCGCAAAUUCGCUAUUUUAUGGUCAGUCGGUUCAACCCUCUUCCUCGCCUCAUGGGCCGUCCUCAUGGGCCCCAUAGUUUACAUCCGCCAUCUCCUCUCCGGCCCUCGACUACCCUUUACAGCCGCCUACUUCGGCUCUAUCGCAUUAACAUUAUACUUUGCUGUCGGCUUACACCAAAGUAUCCUCACCCUAUUCGCCGCUAUAUUCCAACUUGUCGCUCUGGUAUGGUAUCUGGUUAGUUAUUUUCCUAUGGGUAGUACCGGGUUACAAUUCAUGGGUCGGUUUGGAGUGCAGAGGGUUGCGGGAUGGGUUAGUGGUUAGUUAGGUUGGACGUCUACCAGAUCGUAGAGAUGUAAUUAUAUGUAUACUUUAUAGGAGAAGAACAAAUAUAGAUGUUUGUGAUUGAAGUC